GUAAUUUCCAACCAGAGAUCGAGAGAGAGAGGAAGGUGAUGAUGCUGAUGAUGAGCCCGCGAUGGUGGAUUUCCCUUUUGUGCGUCUGUGGACUGAUGCACGUCUGUCACCAGAGCAGCGCAAAUACCCCAAAUGGAGACGCCUUGUCGGGCUUGAAGGCUCUGCGUGAUGCGGGCAGGUUCGUCGGGAAGGAGGACACGGUGCCUCUCCGCCUGCUCUACAGCAGACACAACCACAGCCAGAUCACGCAGGAUGAGCUCAGCACCAGGGUGAAAGCCAGCCCCGGCUCUGCACAGGUGAACCACGUGGCCCAAGCAAGCUUUCAAGUCGAGGCCUUCGGGAGAGAAUUCAUCUUGGAUGUGGAGCUGAAUCAUGAUCUGCUGUCUUCGGGGUACGUGGAGAGGCAUUUGUCAGAAAAAGGGAAGGCUGUCAUCACCAAUGGAGGAGAGCACUGCUACUACCAGGGGAAGGUCAGAGACAGUCCUCACUCCUUUGUGGCUGUUUCUACUUGUCAUGGACUGCAUGGGAUGUUUUUCGAUGGCAAUCACACCUACAUGAUUGAACCUGGAGGAGAGGACGGCAGCAAUGGCGAUGUCCCCAUUCACAUGAUUUAUAAAUCUGCAGGGGAGGACCUCCUCAAUGGUGACCUGCCAGAGCCGCCGUUUCCCAGCCCUCCGUUCCCCGGGUCUAAAGUGGUUCACAGGAGAAAGAAGAGACAGGCUCCACAUGUGUCACACAGCGUCGAGGAUGAGAUCAAAUACAUUGAGUUGAUGGUGAUCAAUGACCAUUUAAUGUACAAGAAGCAUCGGCUUUCUGUUGGGCACACAAAUAACUAUGCUAAGUCAGUGGUCAAUAUGGCUGACAUGAUCUUCAAGGAACAGCUUAAUACUCGGAUUGUGCUGGUUGCCAUGGAAACCUGGUCAGCGGACAACAAGUUCAACAUCGACGACGACCCCAUGGUGACCCUGAGGGAGUUCAUGAAGUACAGGAAGGACUUCAUCAAGGAGAAAUGCGACUCUGUUCACCUCUUCUCAGGGAAUCGUUUUCAUAGCAGCUGGGGUGGAGCUUCCUACAUGGGAGGAGUUUGCUCUCUCACUAAAGGAGGCGGAGUGAACGAGUACGGGAAAACGGACGAGAUGGCCAUAACCCUCGCUCAGUCGCUGGGACAGAACAUCGGCAUCUUCUCGGACAAGAAGAGGAUCCUCAACGGUGAAUGCAAGUGUGACGACCGCUGGACAGGCUGCAUCAUGGAUGACGUUGGUUUCUACCUGCCCAAGAGGUUCUCCGACUGCAACGUGGGGGAGUACCACAACUUCCUGAACAGCGGCGGAGGAGCGUGUCUGUUCAACAAACCUCUGAAGCUGUUGGACCCUCCGAUCUGUGGGAAUGGCUUUGUGGAGCCGGGAGAGGAGUGUGACUGCGGCAGUCCAGCGGAGUGUGCCAGUGAGGGGGAUACCUGCUGUGAGAAGUGCACUUUGACUCAAGGUUCAAAGUGUGCAAACGGACUCUGCUGCAACAACUGCCAGAUGGAGUUCAUGGGAGUCGUGUGUCGAGAUGCAGUGAAUGACUGUGACAUCCCAGAAAACUGCACAGGAAACUCCAGCCAGUGUCCACAAAAUGUGCACAAGAUGGACGGCUACACCUGUGAAAAGGAUCAGGGUCGCUGCUUCAAUGGAAGGUGCAAAACCAAAGACAGACAGUGCAAGUACAUCUGGGGAGAGAAGGCAAUGGCGGCCGACAAGUUCUGCUACGAGAAGCUCAACAUCGAGGGCACGGAGAAAGGCAACUGUGGGAAAGACAAAGACACGUGGAUCCAGUGCAACAAACAGGAUGUUCACUGUGGCUACCUGCUGUGCGCCAACAUCUCACCUGCACCGCGCCUCGGAGAGCUGCAAGGGGGGAUGACCUCCUUCUCCGUGGCCCAACACAGCGGCUCUCUGGACUGCAGCGGCGCUCACGUGGUGAUUGAUGGAGACACUGACCUGGGAUACGUCGAGGAUGGGACGGCCUGCAGCACAGACAGCAUCUGUUUCAAUCACAAAUGCCUCCCGAUCCAACAGUUCAACUUCAGCACCUGCCCCGGGACAACUGACAAGAGCAUCUGCUCCGGACACGGGGUGUGCAGUAGUGAGCUGAAGUGUGUGUGUUACCUGGGCUGGACCGGAGACGACUGUAACACCACGAAUCCGCUCAGUUAUCUCGUGGUGGGGCCGACCGCCUCAGUUUCAGGUAUCACCAGUACAAACAUCAUCAUCGGGGCCAUCGCGGGCUCCAUCCUCUUCCUCGCGCUCAUAAUGGCUGCUACAGCCUGGGGCUACAAGAGCUACAAGCAGAGACGCUAUGAGGAGUCUGAGGUUCACCGAAGAUUCUGCCGGCAAAUGCCCCCAGGCGACUAUGUAACAAAGCCUGGGGACGCAGAUUCCUUUUACAGUGACAUGCCUCCGGGUGUCAGCACCAACUCCGGCUGCAGCUCCAAGAAGAGAUCUAACGGGCUGUCACACUCAUGGAGUGAGAGAAUCCCAGACGCCAAACACAUUUCCGACAUCUGCGAAAACGGGCGACCGAGGAGCAACUCGUGGCAAGGAAAUCUGAGCGGAAAUCGUAAGAAGCUGAAAGGAAAGAAGUUCCGUGCUCGCUCUAACUCCACAGAGACGUUAUCCCCCGCCAAGUCUCCCACGUCCUCCACAGGAUCCAUUGCAUCCAGCAGGAAGUACCCGUACCCCAUGCCCCCCCUCCCCGAUGACCAGAGGAAAGCCAACAGGCAGAGUGCCAGGCUGUGGGAGACUUCAAUAUAACAGCCGUAUCAGCCACUCUGUAAAAGACCUAAAGGAACUACACCUGUCUCUCCUUUUCUAUGAAUGACAAACACGAAAAUGAAACAAAAUUGACUCUCGGCGCCUAAAGAGAAUGACAGAGAGAGAGAGAGAGAGAGAGAGAGAGAGAGCCCCCAACUGGAGUGGAAACUGGCAGAGGUGUGUGUGAGUCGGUGUGUACAUGCAUCUCCGAGGCCGUCAAGCCAGAUGUUCGGUGGAUCACUACAAGAUGACGUUAGAGUGCCGGUGGGGAAAACCAGCUCCACAUCCACUCCAGACCAGCUGGAGCUGAGACUGAGCUCUUCCAGUCUGCUCAGGCCUCACCAACGGGACUCCAAACCCCCAACCACCACACCCCCCUCUCCCACAAUCCCUGAAGCCUCGACACAUCCUCUCAUCCCUCUCACUUCAACACCCACCGCUCCACGAGUGGUUCCCGAGCUCAGCCGGGCCGGGAGCGGGGUCACGGCAUCACACGGCAUCGCUGGACUCGUCGGCUCAUUUUUGACGCACGUGAAAUCACUGUAGAAACUCCCAACACUGUAUGCAUGAGACAACCCCGAUUAUCAGCAACCUCCUCCGAGCGAGAAGACGAGAAGAAGAGCGAUGUGAGACGAAAGCAUGCGAGGGGGGGCAGUGAUUGUAUUCCGUCUGUAGGCUUAGAUGCUUUCUCUCCACUAUAGGUAACUCAUAUUGUAUCACCACUUAUAACCCAUAACACACGACAUGGACCCAACCCUGCUCCUCUUCCUCCCGUCCCUCGGGUUGUUUGUGUAAAUAUGUACAGUGAAAUACAAAGAGUAUGUUUUUUGCUUUUAUUUUGAAAGAGGAAGGUCUCCUCCUCCUGCUGUAUUGUGUUGUAGACAGAAGCGGAUCUCUAGAUGGGUGUCCGUGUUUUCUUCUUUCCUCCCUCCAGCUUUUCUUUUCUUCUUCUCCUGUGUGACUGUGAUCUCUAUAGCUUUCUCCAUCCACAGCAGAAUGUAAACGUGUUCUUUUGUUUUUUCAAUAUUAGCACUGGUGUCACUCUCUGGGCGAAACACUGGGGCGCGAAGAGGAAGUUUUGAUCGUGGCGCAGUGAGAAGUGGAUUUAGCUCGAGUGGAAUAGUUUAAUGUGCCAUUCCUGCGUGAAGGGAGCGGACUGAGAUGUGUUUGGUGUAGUUAUAGAUUUACCACUUUUCACUCACGUGGCUUUUGGAAAGUUUUUCCCAUUGAUGAUGUUAGGAAGUUGAGAGUUUUCUCCACGUUUGUAUGUUUAAAACCGAGCGUGUGAUGAGAUCUGGAGAAAUCGUGAU